ACCAACCUAAAACAAGACGUAAGCAAUUUUGAUAUGGGGAGUAACUUUCCAAAGAAGUAAUCGACAGAAUGUUUUUAAGAAAGCAGCUUUCUUGAUUAAAUAUUUGCUCUUCAAAUCCUUUACAACUUCUCUCUCGUUUCUCGAAGCCCUGCCAAUAUCAGGGUAUGUUUUUUUCUGGCUACAGAAUGAUAAUUGGACAAGAAUACUUCAAAACAAUUAUUCGUUUACUCCCGAACUCGUUUAUUUGUAACUUGGAGUUAUAUGUAUUGGUACUGAAAUCCUGCAAAACAACAUCUCCUUAAAGAAACUAUAUAAAUACAUGGGUGACCGUAUUUGUAGCUAAUUAUUUUGCAAUCUUUAUCAACUUCAACUAUCACAAAGAGCAUCGGUUUUCUCUCGAAGAGUUCAUAUCAUCACAAAGAGAGAUACUACAAUUCAAGCUGUAAAGCAAGAUAACACUUGGAAACAUAUGCUUGAUUAUUAACUAAGUUAGCGUUAAAAUGCAUGAAAUAUAGAAAAUCUCAUUCACUAACGAGCCUCUUCAUUAGCCUAUCGCAAAAGUUUAACGUUUUCAGGUGCCUUAUAUUUAUAUAUGCUCUUAAAGCACCAUUAACUCCAUGCAAAUGUUGACAUAAUAAUUAGCAAAAGUGCAUGUUCUUUGUAGUUUAAACUAAUUUGCUUUUCUUAUUUUCUCUUUUUUCCUAUUUUGCUCUUUCGGCAAACGUUAUGGUCGCGACCCUCCUUUAUUAACCCUUUAUCUUGCUGUCCUUAAGGGGAAAUGGCAGGCAACAUACAAAAGCUUCAAGAAAGUUUUAGCAUGCUCUUGUUAGAGACCUUUGAAUUUCCGUUAUCGUAAGAAGCUAAUUUUUCGUGGCAUGCUAGGCGGAAAGUGUUUUCAUUCGAUAGUAAAAAGACGCAAAAGAAAGCUUACAAGGACAAACGUGUGAGUUGGUUAAUUCGUCAAAAUCUACCAGCAAUAUAUCAUUGGAUGAUAGGGGAAAUUCCUCAAUUGAAAAUUAGGUUUACCAUAGUAGGGGAUUCUCUGUGGGUGCAUGUAUGACAGGGUUUAGUAUAUGUCGACACGAUCUGAUGGGAGCCAAAUUUUUACAGUUGAAAGAACGGAUACGGAACUCUUUGCAAUUGCUGAGCGAUAAAAAUUUGUUUUGUACAGACUAACAAUUGUACCCUACUUUUUCUUUCCCUUAAAUGCAUAACUGGCCUUGGAACUGGGGCAGAAUUUGCGUUUUCUCUUUCGUUGUUCAUCUCCUGUUAGCUAAAGAUUCCAGUUUGGGGGCGAAUGCAACUUGGACGUUAGGACUUAUGGCCAGCAGUACUCGACUCUGCAUCAUGCCAGACAAGAAAAUUACUGCUGGAUGUGAAUGCUUCCUUCACAACAAGGGUCCUGACCUUACCCAACAACCGCCCUCUUGAAACUAUAACACAACCUCGAAACCCUUACACGGUAGUGUUUUGCUAGUCCUAGGCCCUACGCACCUCAUUCUUUUAAGAUUAUUGGUUGUGGUUAUUAUGAAUUUACAUGUUAAUGGUCGAUGUCAUUUCAGUUUGGCAACAUUUCAUGUGUCAAUCUUUUCUAAAUCCACUACUCUACAGGUGAUAAAAGAGUUACGUAAGUAUAAUCCAGAAAGCAUUUAUACUUUGUGGGUUAUAAGUAGACCUUUACACACCUGCUUUUAUGCGCAUUCAUCUUCUACUAGCUACGCGCAGCCGCGGUUUCAUUUAGCAAUUUAAAACGAGACUGAUCAAAUUUAUAAUCAUUUUAACAAUAAUAAAUUGAUACAAGAUACAAAGGCAGAACUAUUUAAAAACUAGCAGAAUAUUAUUUGUUGAUAGCAAAUAGAAAGCCAAGAACCAUCUUGAGCUACGGAAUCCUAACAAAUCACAAACAUCUUUGAUUUAGCCAUAUUCCGCUCUUUUUAUUGUAAAUUUUAUAGUAUAUAACUUUUUAAUUUUGUAAGUAGUUUUUGCAGGGCCAAUUGUAAAACAUUAUUUUGACUGAAUUUGUACCCUGGGUAAAUAAUUUUAAAAUGAAAUGAAAACAUCUAGAGCUGCUCAAACAAGUCCCAUCUUGCUUCGAACAGUUUUUUCCUUAUGAGGCUAUGACACAACUAGAAUCUUAGCUGUGAAAAACGAUAGCAUCUCUCGCUUUUAAAAUCAGUGUCAAUCACUUGUAGGAUAAAGAUACACAUACUGCGAUUGGCGUUUGCAAGGGGUUGUCACUGUUGCAGUUUUUCAUUCAUGUAUGACGAUCAGUGCUGUUUGAAAAGCCUUGUGUUACCUGAAGAGCUAUAGAAUUACCUGCAAAUUUCGUUAAUACCAAACGUGACUCUGAAGUUGGAAAGGUGGACCCAAACCUUCUCAGUAUCAAACGAUGUCAUCAUACUCAGUGCCUUACCUCGGCUAUGAAAAGCGCCAACCAAGGGAGCCAAAAUGUGCCAGAUGUCGAAAUCAUUCCAUAGUAUCAGUUCUCAAAGGACACAAACGAUUUUGUCCAUUUAAGGACUGCCAAUGCAACGAAUGCAACCUCAUAUCUGAGAGACAACGAAUAAUGGCUGCACAGGUUGCGUUGAGGAGACAGCAAGAUCAGGAAGAGCUUGGCAUGGUGCAGACUUCAGUUAGUCAGCGAGAAGAAACUCCUGCAUCUCGCAAACGGCAUCAUGAAGACACUUAUCCCGUUUAUCAAAAUGAAACAAUGCCCGUACACAUGGACAAAGGGGUGUCAGUUGAGAGCAAGAGGCGUCUGAUUGAAACUAUGAAUGCAUUGGAGAGACCGUAUCCAAUGAAGGGUAAUGGAAUGUCAGUACAUCAUGGAUCGUUCUCACCCUCUGCUAGCUAUGCCAAUGCUGUUCCUGUCAGUGCCAGUAUUGAGCGUCACAUGGCAAAUUCUAAUCUGGCACAAUACCCACACCAUAUGGUUGGAAAGGGACCGAGACAUGAGUUCGUGGGUGAGAAACAGGUUCCCCUUGAUUCAUUGUUUAUAAAAGUACUUCACAAGAUCUUCCCCCACCUGAGCAAUGAUGUCAUCAGUAGGGAGCUUGCAUACUUUGGCAACGACUUGACAAAAACUGUAGAGUUUAUGCUUCGAAAAUACCAAAGUGCACUCGAAGACACUCCAAUAUACACCAAUGAUUCAAAUGCAAACCAUGAGCAUCACUUUGCGAAAGGAGCAUACAUGCACGCCCCAGAGAGUCCAAGGGCCUAUUCAAGAGAAUCAUCACCUUCUAGUGGUAUAUCAGGCUACUCUCCAGGUCCUUCGCAGCACUAUACUCCAGUUGUUUACCCUAGCGAUGCUAAGUACGAGCAAUCAUUGAAGCAGUAUCAUGGAGAGGGUAGGGACAGCCAUUAUCAAAGUGAGACAGAACAUAGAUUCGAUCGCCGAAGUCGUGGCGAAGAUGUAAGAGAUGACAAUGUACAUAAUCACAAUGCACAGUAUAAGAAUGGGGUUCUGAGUUACGAAGAUGCAUUGCAGAUAUCAGCUAUCAAGAACCGAGAAAGCAGCAAAAGCCUGCGUUUGCCGCCUGCAAGGAACGGCCAGGCUCACGUUGAUGUGAAUGGAGACCACGUAGAGCGGGAAUACCAGGACCAUUCGGUGUCGACGUCAAAUGGUACUGCAGCUAAUAAUUUAGAAAAGGAAUUAUAGAUUAUCGUGGGCGUAGGUCUUACAUUCAUGGAAUGCCGUACAUCUUCAGUUUGUACCAACACAGACUUGCAACAUGGUGAAUAACAGCGUGGACUGAAUGUAGACCUGAUAAGAAAAAUUUUAAACACUGUCGAUUGGUAUCUUACAAUUAUAAAAGGUGUGCCAUCACAGCUCUAUCGUUCAAAAACAAUCACCGAUUUGUCGUUCUUAAUUUCAAUAUCAGAAACAUCUUUUCUUAUUUUAUUCCUUAAACAAACUAUUCUCUAAAUGCCAGACAAGAAUAUAUGAAACAUUCCUGGCCAAGGCAAAUCGGUAAUAUUUUUGACUUAAAUAAAACAUUUUUUGGUAAGGUCAAUCGGCAAUAUGAAAAUAUGUCGGGUUGCAUAUUUAACAUGCAAGCUAGACGAUGCCUGAACUGAAGAAUGUUUAAAUAUUUCUUUCUUCAAAUUUGAACAUAUUUUGACAGAUUGAUGUUUUAUAACGCUUUGUAAUAUGAGCUGCACAAUAUCACUUCGUUUUUAAACAGCAAGACGUAUGUAUCAUGUAAAUAGAAAAUAAUGGGUAUUUUUUAAUAGUUGUCUCUUUUGAUGUA